GGGAAGGGUCGCUGAAAGUGUUCCUUCUGACACUGUUCAUGCAGCUCCUCGUUGUGUUUCCAUCUUCCCUGUGGCUGUUUUUGAUGCGAUUUUUUGUGCUUUUGGAUCGUCUUCAGCAUGUCUAUCUGAUGUUGAGCUCGGUUUUGUUGAAUUGGGGCUUGAUUUGGCUGAAUCGACGAAGAAGUCUCUCGAGUUUACUGUUCAUCUCCUAAAUUUUGAUUCCCAAUUCGUUGCCGUUCUUGCUAAAUUAAAGGCCAAUUUUAGGGGAUGGUGAACGACCUGGAAACCCUCUGCUGAUUCUGAAAUUGGAUUUCCAUUCCAGCUGAAGAAGUCAACGAUUUGAGGCAAAAUUGAAGCUCUUUGUUAUUGUUCCCAGUGCGACACGUACACGCAUUGAGGCAAAACAUGAAGGCGCCCACGUACAAGCAUAUCAGGAAAACAAACACAAAGAAGGAAUAAACAUGGUUAAGAUCGAAAACUGACUAGAUAUAUAUGCAUCACAAUGAAUAAUGUUUGGGAGAGGUGAAUCCUUAAUUGAAGCCUGGCCUUUACAAAUACCCAUACGUAGAAGAACAAAACUGAGAGAAAACAAUACAGAGGCCGCCAGGUGAGAUGCUAUCCAAGUCGUCCUAGCCUGCGGUGUGGGCGCGCCACCACGACGACGACAUCGAUCGAGGUGGUCGUCCAUUGCAACGAGCCGACGUGCCCCCCCUUUGGGUGGAUGAUGUUUGAGAUUACCAAAUUAAAAAAACAAUGCAAGAAGAAGUUAAAAGUAUGUUGAAAACACUGAGCGGGGUGGGCAUGUUCUUUUGCGGCAUGGCAAUCUUCCUACUGUUGCUCGGGGAUCUUAGGCGGAAGGGCAGUGGAUCAACCGCCAUUGGGUUGCUCCUUUUCCUCUCUCUGGCCCUCUACCCUGCGGUAGGGUUUCUCCCAAAACACUGCUGGAAGCGUCACACCAGACUAUACACCACUGUUUUUGGGGAGUCGGGAGCUACGGAGAAGCUCAAAAGGUAGCUCAUGUUUCUGGGGUACGUGGUGACGUGCUGCGGAACCGCAGCCUCCAGCUAGUGAGCAAGUAUCUACAUCACUGUCCCAAAACCCAGGCCCUGAUAUGCUUGUACGUGGGCGCCUUCAUGUUUUGCCUCAAUGCUCGUAGUGAGCAAGCAUCUACAUCACCGUUCCCAGUACGCUUUGAUUUUUCAGGUUCUUGCUCGAUUCUUCUCCACUUGUUCUUGAUUAUUGGUUAUUUUGUAAGGGUAUCUCAUUGCUAUUGUUGGAUUUCUGAAUCAAUAAACUUGUGAUAGAUUCCUUCAAUCUUGGUUACUGUUCAUGUUCUUCAUGCUGCGCUGGUUUCUGCCAUUUUCUGACUAGCUUUGCUGUUUGUUUAUGUGGAUUGUUUGAGGUUUGUUUGACUUUUUGGUGAGACAAUGGGGGGAAAUUGCUAGAAGAACUUAGGAAAGGCAAACCAAGGUAUCACCAUGCUGGUUUUGGGAAUCUGCCCAGGUAUAACCACGCUGGUUUUGAGGUUGAGGCUGGGAACCUGCUCAGGUUUUUCUUGCUGCUACGCCUUGCCCGGUGUGUGGUUCCCCUGCCCCUUUGGGGGG